AUGCCUGGACUAUUUAAUUCGAAUAAUUCAAAGUUAUUCGACUAUAAACUGGACAGAAGGAAAACAUCGAUAGUUGAUAUAGAUUCCAACGCCCCGUUCGCAGAUACAGACACGAAUUUGGGUCUCUCAUCCAGGUCGCUGGAGAAUAGACUGGAAGCACAUGUUUUACAGAAUAAUGAUCCGUUAAAGGGUAUGUUCGACGAAGGAAUCCUCCUAGAUCAAUGUCUAGAUGACCAUGGAUUGCAAUACGACUGUUCUUCCAGUUAUAUAGAAUCUGUUGAUCCUAAUUGGUUCAGGGAUGAAAGCAAUCACAAGGCACGCAAUAUAACAGAUGCUUUGUCGUUUGUGAAAAAGCUAGGCCAGGGUGUUUACGGUGACGUUUUCUUGUGUCAUCUAAGGGAUAAUCCCUCUAAACAGUUUGCCGUUAAAAGAGUUAGACAGGCGCCUACACCUGUGGAAAAUAUUUUUGGAUUAGAACAAAAUAUAGUAAAAGAAUUACACGCAUUAAGAUCCCUAAAAAGACCUCACGUGAAUAUAGUAAGACUAUAUGACUAUUGCUCCGCAAUUGAAAAUUACACACCAACUACUAAUAAGCAGGGAUAUCCCAUAACUAAUAGUACAAACAAGACAUGUAUCGUCUUUUAUCUCAUAUUUGAGCUUUGUGAUAUGGACUUGAAUCAGUUUGUCAAGGAAAACGCUUCAAAAUAUAAGCCUCAUGAAAUAGAUCUAUUGUCUAGUGCUUUGCAACAUUCAGAUGGAGGUGAUUGUAAAAUUCAGGAUCUUAUAGAUUAUUCUAAAAACUUCUAUCUUAAAAACAAGCUCAAUAAUUCAACCUCAGUUAAAGAUAAGAUUCCAUUACCUGCACUAGACGAGGAUAUUGCCAAGGUAGUUAUGUAUCAACUAUUACAAGGAUUAUCGUAUUUACAUUCCAAUCGCAUAAUACAUCGUGAUAUUAAGCCGCAAAAUAUCCUUUUAAAGAAAUCCAAUGACACUUUUGGUACCUUUGCCACACCUAAAUCUACACAGACAUGGCAAGUAAAAAUAGGUGAUCUUGGCCUAUCCACAAUCAUACCGGCACGAUAUCUGGCAACAAUGACAGAGGAAGUCGUUACAUUAUUGUAUAGACCUCCAGAAUUGUUGUUAGGGGAUUGUAAAUAUACAACAGCUGUAGAUAUAUGGUCAACAGCUGUAACUGUCGGUGAAUGCCUCCUGGGCAAACCAAUGUUCCGUGGUAGGACAGAAUUUAGUGUGUUGAUGCGUAUUAUAUGUACUGUUGGCACUCCUUCGGAAUCUGAAAUUCCUCAGAUAUCAAAAAAACUAAAAUAUUUAACGGAAAAUGUUCCGCGAAUGGAGAGAGAUGUGCAUGAUACUCUAAGGAAGAUGUUUACUGAUCAUUUCGGGAGACAGCUAAUAAGCGACUGUGGCUUGGAUUUAUUUGUAAAAAUGCUACAGUUUCUACCUAAUAACAGGAUAACUGCAGAAGAAGCAUUAAAACAUCCGUGGUUCUCAGAUAUAAGUUCUCUCUUGAGACCUUCCGUCGCUAGGGUUUACACAUCUACUCUGGGAUCACUUUACAAGGGAUAUAAUGAGAUGAUACCCUUGCCAUUCAAGGGUAACGUGGAUGAGUUCAAGAAAAAGCUGAAGGAAAAGCGAAAUAAACACGAAAAAAUCAAUAUAGACAACUUUGUUGCACAAUUUAUAUUCCCAUAG